AUGCGCGUGGAGGACCUUUAUCCACCCUUCCCCGUCAUCUCAAUUCCAGAUUUUCAUUCCGUCAAAGUAGAAUGGUUUGAGUGUCUUGAAGAGCUCGCUGAGGAGGACGUUAUCUGUUUCAUGGAAGUCACAUUGCGGAAAAAGGAUAGCAACAAGUGGGAGCAGAUAUACUUUGGCAAUGGAACUUACUGCGUGUACCACGAACUAGAACCUGGAACGGAAUAUGAGUUGCGGUUGCGACUGAAGUGGGAAAAAGAUUUUGGCCCUUUUGGCAGCAUCGAAGUAUUUGAGACACCACAGGAGCCAGAUACUGCAUUUGAUUUGCACAAGGCUAUAAAAUUUGAGGACAUGGACACUAUACAGAGGAUUUUAAGCACAAGUAACGCCAAGGUCGAAGUCACAGAUCAGAUGGAUUAUACUCCGCUCAUGGCUGCUGUCAGCAGAAACAGUAAGAGCAUCAUAAACAUGCUACUGAAUGCCGGAGCAAAUGUGAACGCAGCUAAUAAACUUGGCAAGACUGCUCUCAUGCUAGGCGCUAACAAGGGCUUUAUCGACGUUGUGGAUAUUCUACUAAAGCGGGGCGCCUCAGUGGAUGCUAAAGUAAGUAUCCAGAAAUUUCGUUUGCUCCAGAGGCUUAUUGUGGCCAUCGUUUUUUGA